AUGAUAGUAUCAGGGGUCCUCUCCCACGGUGUCCCCGUGCUCCAUGCACGAGGUGGAUGCGAUUAUCCCCGUGAACUCAUUGCCUUCUUGCGUGACCAUGUCCGCUCAAUCAUCAACUCCCUAAACUCCGAGCGAUCCCGUCUAUCUGGGUGCGCGGCUGAUAUGGUUGGCGUUGUGGCAUCUGGGCUAGGUCAUCUGUUCGAACCCCUUCUCCACUUGCUCUUUCCAGCGCUCCUCACACUAUGCACCCGGCCCAAUAAACUUUUCGUCAACCGAGCUCGAUCCUGUCUCUUACUCAUCAUUGAACACACUCAGCUGCCUGCGAUUCUGACAUAUCUUGUCGGCUCGCUGAAAGAAAAGUCGGUUUCGUUAAGGUUGGCUUCUGUAGAGUGCAUUCUCGCUUGUCUCAAUCACUUCAACCCUCGAGAUCUCGAGAAAGAUGCCCGAGCGAGAGAAGUAGAGCUGGCUAUCAAGUCGACGGCGACAGAUCCGAGUGCAGAUGUCAGGAAGGCCAGCAGGAAGGUGUUUGAAACGUACAAAGUCUUAUUUGGACAUCGAGUUGAUAGGUAA